CUCACACCGCAUGCGCCGACUUAAGGCGGGCGGGGGAUGGGCGCCGCCAUUUUGCGCAUGCGCAGAGCGGCAGCUCCGGCGGCGGCGGCGGAGACAAAAUGGCGGCGGUGGUUCAGAAUGUGGUGAAGCUCCUGGGUGAGCAAUACUACCGGGACGCCAUGGAGCAAUGCCACAACUACAACGCCCGGCUCUGUGCUGAGCGCAGCGUCCGCCUGCCCUUCCUCGACUCUCAGACCGGGGUGGCCCAAAGCAACUGUUAUAUAUGGAUGGAGAAGAGGCACCGGGGUCCAGGUUUAGCGGCUGGCCAGCUCUAUUCGUACCCUGCCCGGCGAUGGAGGAAGAAACGUCGCGCUCAUCCUCCAGAGGACCCCAGACUCUCAUUCCCUUCCAUUAAACCCGACUCGGACCAGCCGCAGCGCAAGGACUCCGUUGUGUGUCAGGACGGCAGCAGUUUGGAGGCGCUGCUCAGGACGGACCCACUGGACAAACGGAACCUCCCGGACCCACGGCUGGACGACGACAGCCUGGGGGAGUUCCCUGUUACCAACAGCAGGGCCAGGAAGCGGAUCCUGGAACCGGAUGAUUUCCUGGAUGAUUUGGAUGAUGAAGAUUAUGAGGAAGAUACACCGAAACGAAGGGGGAAAGGGAAAGCGAAGGGUAAAGGAGUCGGGGGAGCAAGGAAGAAAUUGGACGCCGCCAUUUUGGAGGACAGGGAUAAACCCUACGCGUGCGACAACAGUUUCAAACAAAAGAAUCCCCUGAAACCUCCCGACCGAGUCUGUGGGAAGCGCUAUAAGAACCGACCCGGGCUCAGUUACCAUUACACACACACACACCUGGCUGACGAGGAGGGGGACGACAAGGACGACUCGCAGCCCCCCACCCCCGUGUCACAGCGACCCGAGGAGCACAAGUGUAAGGGAUCAAUGGGGCUGGGGGUCGGUUAAUGGGGUUGAUUGAGGUGUUG